AUGAAGGACCUUGGGGAGGUGAAGUUCUUUUUGGGGAUUGAAUUUGCUAGAUCAAAGAAGGGCAUAAUUAUGAGUCAGAGAAAAUAUGCACUGGAACUGAUAAGUGAGCUAGGACUAAGUGGUACUAAACCUUUCAGCACACCACUGGAAACAAAUCUGAAAUUGAUAUCCACUGAUUAUGAUGCAUUCAUCAUUAAUGAGAAAGGGGGAAUUCCUAAGGCUGAAGACACAUCACUUGCUGAUCCUACUCAAUAUCAAAGCUCAGGAAAACUUGAGGCAUACUGUGACUCUGACUGGGGUGGUUACUUACAGACUAGAAGGUCAGUCACAGGAUACUUGGAGACAAUAGCCAGAAGUUCUGCUAAAGCAGAAUUCAGGAGUAUGGCUUCUGUGGUGGCUGAGCCUGUACAGAGUCAUUCUAAAGCUAUGUUGAAUAAUACACAGUCAGUUAUAUUUCGUUCUGCUUUACUCUUUGUAGCUUGA